AUGGACCACCCUGGAGAAAGAGAGAACUCCCAGCCCUUUCUGGUCCUUUACACUUGUGACCAUUUAGGAGCCAAGGCACACAGAAGCCUCGGGCAGGGUGGACAACACACAGAUGUGGCGAAAGGAUGCGAGGUAUCUGGCAUGGGCUCCAGCAGUAUCAACGUCAUCACAGAAGCUUACAAAAUGCAGGUUUUCUGGGCUCAUCCUUUGGGGAGGAUUAACUGGCCCAUGAAGAGACCCUUUCUUUCUUUGAGAACUACACCCCUCCAAUCCCAUCCAUCCACCCCUGAGUGUGCAUGCACGCACACACACACACACACACACAUAAUGCCUCCUUCCACAGCUGAGUUCCACUGUCUGCAUGACCACAGCCCAGCCAGGGAGAUUCUUCCUCCUGAGACUUUGGUCUGGGGACUGAUAGGCUCCUGUGACAUCUGGCUGUUGGCCUGGCCAGGGAUGGAGUGGACUUGA